UUUUUUUUGAUGUCAAUAUCAAUUAAUAUUCCUUUUUCACGGGAUGAAAUAUGAAAAAAUAUAUUCCACAAGUAACUUUUGAUCGAUCAAACAACAUAUUAUCACAUUUUGCAAAUCUGUCUCUCAACUUAAUCGAUAUAGAUCGUUCCUUUUAUAUUUUAAAUCCUCUUCUCUGUACACGUUUUCAAUGCAUCGUUGAUUCGAAUAAUGAAUAAUGAAUGGAAAUCAAAAGGUCGAUGUUAAUUUUGAUUCUGAUUAAAUCGUUUUUUUUUUUAACGAAUAAUAACGCGAAUAACGAUUGAUCGCGAGAUAUUUGAACUUUUCACGCGAAUCAAAGCGAUCAAAGAUUGGAAGCCGAUUCGUUCGAUUUUUAUAAAUACUUUCCAUGCCAAUUUCAAUUUUAAAGAGGAAUUUCAUCAAAUUAUCUUUAAACGAACAAACUUUAAAUUCGAAUAUGUAAUUAUUCGAACGUACAAUUACGUUUCGGAUUAUGAAAGCUGUUUAAGAAAUUGAUCGAUUGCCCGGCUCGAUGUUCGAGUUCUUAAUCAGGUUGUUGAUCUUAAUAGAAGCUAUACGAUAAGCCGUCGAGCCGUUUUUAAUACCUUUGGAGAUUAAUUAAUAAGGGCCGCCUAAGGUUAACGAUGAUUGAAUCUACCUUUCAUCGAACAAUUUGCAUUCACAAGUAACCGUGAUUUGCAUUUUCUCGAUUCGCCCUCUUCGCGCAGAGACAAGAAUCCUAGGGAGUAAAUAGGGCCAAUCUUGAAUCCGUGAUUCCUCAGAUUGAGAAUUUCACCAUAUUGGAGGAAAAUGUUCCUACGGCAAAUUUCCACUCUGACUUACAAAUUUUUCUUUGACCCCGCACAAUUGAGGGGGGGGGGGGAAGAAAAAGAAUAUCAAUCGAAUAGCAAGUCGAAAAUCUUGCGAUUUUUAUUAAACUCUUAUUUCCGCUUCGAUGAAAUCUCCUCGAAGAUGUUUUUGAAUUGUCAACAUCGACUUCGUCUACAAGAAAACAAUAACAUUCGAAUAUCUUUAUUUCGAAAGGAAUUUUACAUUUUUUUUUUAGCGUCAAAUUUACGUAGUCGCGCGAAAAUUUUUCACUUAUUAAAUAUAAAAAAAUUUAAUGUACCAAAAUCUAAUUAACAAACUCGUUACAAUCCCUCGUACGCGUGACAAACGUGUUGUUAAUUUCCGUGAAAUUUCGUUUCUAUUUCACGAAGAGUGAUUAUGCUCAUUACAAAAAGAAGCAAUCAACUUUUUAAAAUAACCAAACUAAUUACUAAUUUUCUCGUUUCAUUUUUCUACACACACACACACACACACACACAUAUAUAUUUUUUCGUACGAAAUUGUAACGUAACCAAAAUAUUUCCCUUUAAACGGCGGUGACGAAUCGUGUUAAAUACUGCAAAAACAAAAUUAAUAAAUGCGCGUAACACCCACUGCGCACAAUUAUACAAGCACAUACACACGCACACGUAUAACUUUACAUAACUGCAUCUUCCAGGAGUCAAGGAAAUUUCAAGAGGAAGAUCGGACGACACGUCGCGAGGAUAAAACCGGCACGACUUCCGGUCUGAUGCUUACGCCACGCUUGUGGAUAAAAAGAGCGGAGAGAGCUCGAUGUUUCAUCCGGAUUUUUUCAUCCGGAACGAAAGGGUAGCGAGCAAAGUGAGCUCGACCUCCCCUCCUUUUCUCCCCUCGCGAAAGAAACCACCCCCUCAGCAGAGGUAAAGAGGGGGAGAUCAUUUGGAUACGGAGAUAAGAAGCGUGCAAAGAAACAAGCAGGGGCACGAUAAGCGUCCGAGCAUCGUGCGUCUCUAUCUCGCGACCUAAAUCUGAAAUGGAGGAGUAUUGGAGAGAGAGAGAGAGAGAGAGCGGCCAUUUUUUUCGUUAAUAAUAACCCGCCACGCGGGUGGAAACGCGCUAAAAAAAACCUCGACUCGAUCUCGGUUGUUGAUAGAAACCCGCGAGUCACGAUGGACCAUCCGCAGCCAAGGCUUGCAGAAGACUUGGAGAAUGCUUGAAAGGGUGUGCAUUUAAGGACGGUCUUUUAGGAUUGUUUGAAAGGUUGGAGAGGAAUUUGCAGGAUGUCGAAGAGCAAAGAGACGUGGUGGUACUGUUUACGUAAUUCCAAGUCUGCGUUUGUCACUUGCCUGGAGAUUGGGAGAUUGUUUUCGUUCGUUUUUUUUUGGAAAUGUAUUGUUUGAAUUUGUUUGGACUGUUUAUCAGAUUCUUCUGAUAAAAAUUGUUCGACGAGCUUCGUCCCUUCGUUCGUUAAUAUUUAAUUAAUAAAAAAGGUGAGUUUCAAUUUUUUUAUCGAAUCAAGUUGGAUUAAGACGGAUUUAACUCUUGAUUCUUCCUCGGGAAAAUGAAUCGGAUUAAAAUCAUAUCAUCCCGAUGAUAUAAUUAUCACUGCCUUUUGAAAACGCGUUGUGACUUUUGUGAAAUGAAAAAGGGUAAAAAAUUUAUUGCCCUUUCCAUGUAUCGGGAUCGCGAUAUAUUUUUCCUCGUUCAAUUUUAAUUUCAAGCAGAGCUAGAUGGAACAGCGUGUAACGUAAAAUAUAAAACGAGUACGUAAAAAUGUGAAAUAUAUGAAACACGCGAGAACUAAGAAUAUUACGAAUAGUUUGACAGAUUCGAUUUUAAAUAUUUUAAUAAAACUGAAACGGAUGAAUUAUUAUAUUUCAUGAAUAGUAUACAAAAUCUAAAUUUAAUCUAUAAAUUAAUUACUCGUGUACUCAAUUUUAAACCAGUUCUCAAAUGACUCAAAUCCUGCAUCUUCUGUUUAACUUUAUACGAUAAAAUAACAUCCAUUUCGAAAUUAAGCAAAUUCACGAUAUAUGUUUGAAGAUAAUUUCGAGCACGAUUUCGAAAAAAAAGAAAACAUAUUUUCCUUCAAUUUACUUCAUUUUCUAGAAUAAUCUCUAUCCGACGGUAUAUUGAAACUUGCUUCCAUCGUCAUCAGCAAUCCUAUAAGUAUUUCGACACCGAUUCAGUGAAAAAUCUUGAGGCCAGAAAUGAAACGAACUUCUAACGAGCGUGGAUUUUUUUCACGACAACGUAGAAUGACGUGUCAUUAUCCGUAAAACGAGCGCAAAUGAAAAGAGGUACUGUAUUUUCCGGAUGAAUUUAACAUAGAAAAUGAAAAGGUUGAACGUUGUGAACGUGUUAGAACGCGUGUUCCAGAUAAGCACGAGUGUGUCCCGCUCGCGUGGAGAGUAAUUAACAUGUCCGAAUUGAAGCGCACGGUUCAACAGUAGGAUGGGAUGAAAUUUUGUUUAAAAAUCAUCAUUUUCCUCGCGUCUCAUUUAACCAUCACAUUUUCCUGGAUAUAAAAGUUUUUAAAUUAAAAGAUAUUCCUCCUAGGAAGUUUUAAUUAGAACGCGCCUGGAAUUGCGUAUAAAAUUUUUUUAAACUCGAACAAUCGAAAUCCUUUGCGAGCCGUGUAAUUAACCAUAAUUAAUGCGUUAAUUAUUCGUUAACUGUUCAUCAGUUUAUUUAUAUCUCCAUCCUCUGUGAGCCUACAUAUUUACGAUGGUCAUCACAAUCAAAAGAAAACUCAACAUCCAACGAACUCUCUCGAAACUGAAUUGAAUUACUGUCAUCGUUGUUUUGGAUAUUGGCUCGUAAUUUAAAGAAAAAGGAAGCGACAAGAACAGAAUGUUGCGACGUAUGUUCACGGACAGAAAAUUGCCAGAAAAAUAUCCUUUGUGAAAGGAAAGUAGUAUAAGCGACUUAAUUAUCGAUCCUUCAUCUUGACUUCCACUUUGACUGCGGUAUCAUGGCAUCGUUAUACCUCUUCUCCUUUCCAGAAAGAAAGAAAGACGAGAGGUAGACGCGUUAAAAAAAGAAAGGAGACUCUAAGAGCUAUGCAUGGGAGGAAUAUAUGAAAAGCAACUUUUGUAUGAAAGAAAAGAAAAAAAAAACAAAAUGGACUUCGACUGUGGAGUAGAGGAAAGAAAGCCAUCCUCAUAAAUUUAUCACGACGUUUCUUCCUUCCCUUCGUAAUUCAUAAAGAAGGGAAAAAACCUUUGAUAUUCCUUCCAAUAUCCCGAUCGAACUUCUCGAAUACGCGGAUCCCCCCUUUGAAUCCCCUAUUCGAACUAAUUCAACGGAUAGAACUUGUAUUCUGUUGGUACACAACUUGGUUCAUAUGUCAAUGGAGUCGAGGGAGAAUAAUUUCCGCCAAGUUUGGCCGUGGAUGUCGCGGCCAAAAUCGUAUCAAGGGGAAUCGUGAUGAGGAGGACGAUGGCCAUCCUGUUUCGAAAAUCCUUUCUCCAAUCUCUGGGAACUGGGGAUCCCCGGAUAUCCGGAAAUCUCUUCGCCGCGAAACAAUCCUUGUUCGUUUCUAACGACGAUCCCUCGCCGCCAGGGAUAUUUCUUUUUCCAACCCCUUACCGAAACUUUUCCCUAUUGGAUCAUGAAUUAGCGGGGAGAAGGGAGGGGGCGAGGACGAGGGGAAGGGGAACACGAGAAUUAUCGAAUUAUAAGGACUGAGAGGGCAUAAAAAGGACGGGUAACGAGGGCCGAACUAUCGGAUUCCCUGAACCGGAAAGAAGCGAGGAUUAAUUGGAGCGUGCACACAGUCGAAGCUUGAUCCUCGCGAGCGAGUGAUUGGUAUAGAGUUGGUGAAACGGGAUAGCUUUUAAUUUAUAAUCACGGAUAAAAUAAUUUUUUUUCUUCUGUCUUAUAAAACGAUGUAUUUUUCUAUUAUUCAGUAUGCAUCGCAUCAUUUGUAUUAAUCGCAUUCUUGUUCAAAAGUCAUAGGAUAGCUUUUAUUUUUUGUGAAUGAAAUUUCGAUAUUGUUGUAAUGGUCAAUAAACAUAUAUUCAACUAAGGCAGAUUAAAUUUUCGAAAUCAAUUGUCUUUACGAUAAGUAAAGACUUUUAUAAUCUAAUAGCUAUCGUAAAAAAAAGUUAUUAAGUAUUUUUUCUUACUGGUUAAAAAAGGGCAAAGAGACGGGUGAUUUUUCUAGAUUUCAAGAAAAGAAUUGGAAACUAUGUGUAAGAUCGGGCCCAUUAAGCAAGAUCAACGGCAAGGGCAAGAAAGGAAACGAUGAGGGUGGUGAUCCGGCACGCGAAGGGAAAUAAAUUCGAUUCCCGAUAGUGUUACCUUCAUAUUUUCUUGGACCCCCCAUAAAUCUCUUAUUCAACGAUCUUAUUACGAUUCAUCUUUCUAACCUUCGACAACCUAAUCGAAUCUUUCCACCUCUCGUUUCCAGUAACAACUUGUCGCGCGAAAAUGUGUUGUUGUUCGUCGAGAUAGAAAAAAAGGAAAAAAAGAAAAACGUAAAAAAAGAAAUUUAUAUCUAACGCGAAAUGGGCCGGAUGAAAGGAAAGGCGACCCGAUCCUUGGAAAUUUACUGGACAAGGACUCAACGUCGUCGGACUUACGAAGUUUCCAGGCAGAUAUUCGCAGCCCUCUGGCUCCCUGUUGCACUGUAAAAUCGCGCCCGAGUGUACGUAAUCCAUCGAGAUUGCGGGUCUGUCUCGGGAUUUGUGAGAGCAGAGGGACGAGAGACAGAGAAAGAGGGAGAAAGACGACGAGAUAGAGGGAAGAAGAGAGAAAGAGAGGAGGGAGGUAGAUUGCUCCACACUCUGCGGCGUACGCUGCUUUUACAAGCAGAUUGGAUCGGGUCCUUCCAGGAUUUCACGCCUGCCCAGUCUCAGGGUCGCGAGACGCUACCAAUCCUGUUUUCUAAGCCGGAAUUCCCACCCCCAUCCUCGCGAAAGCAUCUUCCCGGGGAAAGUCGAGAAAAUUUCUGGCACUCGUAAAAUCCACAGAUACGCUCACAGGCCGCGGGGAAUGACUUCGAUCCGUGAAGAGAGUUUCGGAGAUGAUCUCUCGUGAAACCUUUUUUCUAGGUGGCUGUAUCUGGAACGGGGGAGGGAGGGAGGUUUUUGUUUCGAGGAUCGAACGAAACCGGCGCGUGGAUAGCUCUUCGAUUGGAUCUCUUCCUUUCACGGAAAGAUAACAAGUUUCUGAUGAUCAGAUUGGAGGAGAAUUGACGUGGAAAUCUGAAAUUACUACAUAGGUAUGGAGAAAGGAAGCAUCAUCGAGCGUCGUCGAGAGAAACGAUGAGCGGUUUGGGACGAGCCGGGAACAGAUCGGCGCGAUAAUAAUAAUAUGUGGACGACUUGGCCGCGGACGAAGCGCAAGUGGCGGGACUCGGGCUCGUCUCGAAGCGGGCGCAAGCCUGGUGGCAACCGCGACGGUUUCCGUUUCAUCUAUUCGGUGGUGUUGGCGGCCUGCAUGACGGCACAGGAAGCGAGGAGCGCCAAGUGUCCGCCGCCUGACACGAUGCCCGGCUGUCCUUGUUACAAUUUCGAGGACGGGCUGUUCCUGGAAUGCGCCGGGGCCACCGAGGAAUCCCUGAGGACCGCUUUGUCCGGUGUGAUACACGCAGCUGAAGGGGAAGGUGCGAUAGUUCAAUCUCUGAGCGUUUACGAGCUGGACAGAAGAGUGGAGGAGCUUCGAUCCGUCGCGUUCCCCGCCGGCUCUCAGAUCAGGCAUUUGCAAAUAUCCCAUUCGGCGAUACGCGAGAUAAGCGAGGACGCGUUCAAACGAUUGAGCAAAAGCUUGGAAUCGUUGGCGUUGGUGUCGGGCCGGCUUCCCCACGUGCCGCAAAAAGCUUUGGCCACGUUGACCUCCCUGAAAGCGCUCGACUUGGAAGCGAAUCUGGUCCACGAGCUUCCCAGUUACAGCUUUUACGGAUUGUCGUUGAUCAAGUUGAAUCUGAAGGGGAAUCAGAUAAUAAAAAUAUCGGAGUACGCGUUCGCCGGGCUGGAAGACACUCUCACGGAUCUGAACCUGGCCGAGAACAAGAUCAGAGUAUUCCCUAUGACGUCCCUCAGGAGAUUGGAACACCUGACGUCUCUCAGGCUUGCCUGGAACGAGGUAUCCGAGCUACCCGAGGACGGAUACUCCAGAUUAGACGCCCUCAACUUUCUCGAUCUGACCAGCAACAAUUUCAAAAAGAUACCGCUCAAUUGUUUCCGGUGUUGCCCGUCCCUAAAGAUUCUCUCUCUGUACUACAACGCGGUCGAGUUCGUGGACAAGGACGCGUUCAUCUCGUUGAUCGACCUCGAGUCCAUCGAUCUGAGCCACAACAAGAUCGUAUCCCUGGACGUGAACACGUUCAGAGCGAAUCAAAGGCUGAGGUCGAUCGAUCUCAGCAACAAUCACAUCCAUUACAUACGCGGCGUGUUCUCCAAGUUGCCCGAGUUGAAGGAGUUGUUCCUCGCGGAGAACAACAUUCUGGAAAUACCCGCGGAAACGUUCGCCGGUAGCACGAGCCUGUCUGUGAUCUAUCUUCAACAGAACGCGAUCAGGAGGAUCGACGCCAGGGGUCUGGCCACGUUGAGCCAAUUGGCUCAGUUGCAUCUGAGCGGGAAUUACAUCGAGAAAGUGCCACGCGAUUUUCUCGAGCACUGCGACAAUCUCUCCACGUUGUCCCUCGAUGGGAACAACAUCCGCGAAUUGGAGGUGGGAACAUUCGCGAAGGCGAAAUCGUUGAGGGAGCUUCGACUGCAGGACAAUCAGAUUACCGAGGUGAAGCGAGGCGUGUUCGCCCCCUUGCCUUCCUUGUUGGAGCUCCAUCUUCAAAAUAACGCGAUAACCGACAUGGAGACCGGCGCUUUGAGAUCUCUGCACAGUCUGCAGCACGUGAAUCUUCAAGGUAAUCUGCUCGCGGUGUUGGGUGACGUGUUCCAAGUGUCGAACGACGUGGGCCAAAAUGGGAACAGCGGCAGCUCGUUGGUCUCGAUUCAAUUAGACAACAACGGGCUCGGCGUGCUCCACAACGACUCUCUGAGAGGACAAGCGUCGGUAAGGAUCAUGUGGCUCGGUCACAACAGAUUAACCCGUCUCCAGGCUCCUUUGUUCAGGGACCUGUUGCUGGUCGAGCGAUUAUAUCUCACGAAUAACUCCAUCUCGCGGAUCGAGGACACGGCCUUCCAACCGAUGCAGGCGCUCAAAUUCCUCGAGCUGAGUAUGAACCGUUUGAGCCACGUCACCGUCAGAACUUUCUCGGAAUUGCACGAGCUCGAGGAACUUUACCUGCAGGACAACGGGCUGCGACGCUUGGACCCGUACGCGCUGACCGCCCUCAAACGACUUCGCGUCCUCGAUCUGGCCAACAAUCACUUGAACGUGCUCCACGACAAGAUCUUUCAGGAGGGAUUGCCUAUCAGAACGUUGAAUCUCAGGAACUGUACCGUGAGCGUGAUAGAGAACGGGGCGUUCAGGGGAUUGAACAACCUGUACGAAUUAAAUUUGGAGCACAAUCACCUCACCGCGUCCACGUUGAACCGUCUCGACAUCCCGGGAUUGAGAGUCCUCAGAAUAUCGUACAACAAUUUCAGUCAGAUCAACGGAAACUCGUUGGACGGAUUGCCGUCCCUUCAACACCUAGCCAUGGAUUCCUCCCAAUUGUACAAAAUGCCCCCGGAGAUAUUCUCGAAGAACAAGAACCUUGCCAAGCUUCUGUUGAGCAACAAUCGCCUCCAUACCUUGCCCACCUUGCUCUUCCUCGGUCUGGACGCGUUGAAGGAGGUGAGGCUGGACGGCAAUCAAUUCCAAGAGAUCCCGUACGAGGUGUUCGCAAACGCGACCACCAUCGAGUUCUUGUCGUUGGCCAACAACGUGAUCGUGAACGUGGACAUGUCACGGAUGAACGGAUUGACCAGUCUUCGGGAGCUCGAUCUACGCGCCAAUUACAUCAUGUCCCUUUCCGGUUUCGCAAGCGUGAACCUAUCCCGUCUCAUAUCCGUCGACCUGAGCAACAAUCACCUGACCGCCCUACCCGCAAACUUCUUCGCCCGCUCGAAUCUUCUUCGAAAAGUCGAGUUGGCUGCCAACAAAUUCCAUCAGAUACCGGCCGUCGCGUUGUCCGCGCAGAACGUACCAAAUCUGACUUGGUUGAACGUCACCGCCAACCCAUUGGUCAGGAUACACGAGAUCAGCUCGAAGGCCAAGUAUCCAGCCCUUCAAGAGAUACACAUAUCGGGGACUAAUUUGAGCAUAGUCACCAGCCAAGAUUUCGAAGCGUUCCCGGCGUUGAUGCAUCUGUUCAUGGGCAGCAACAUGAUCUCGCGGGUGUCGCCGAGCGCGUUUCGCAGCUUGAUCGAGCUACUGACCUUGGACCUGAGCGUGAACGAGCUCGAUUUCCUGCCGCAAGAGAGGUUGAAAGGGUUGGAACACCUGAGGAUACUUAAUCUCACGCAUAAUCGGUUGAAGGAGCUGGAAGAUUUCCCGCCCGACCUGAAGGCUCUCCAAGUGUUGGACCUCUCGUACAAUCAGAUCAGCGGAGUGGGCAGAACAACGUUCCAGCAUCUCGAGAAUCUUGCCGAGCUUCAUUUGUACGGGAAUUGGAUAUCAUCCAUCUCGCCUGACGCUUUCAAACCGUUGAAGAAACUGAGAAUCCUCGAUCUGAGUAGAAACUAUUUAGCGAAUUUACCGUUGAACGCGUUCAGGCCACUCGAGACGCAAAUACGAAGUCUUCGCGCGGAAGAGAAUCCACUGCAUUGCGACUGCGAGUCCCAGGAGCUUUGGGAGUGGCUGCGAGAUCAUCAGAAGUUGGUGGGGGGCGGCGUUGCCCGAAAUCGAGGGGGUGGGUUGCGAAUGAACGACGUGGACAGCGGAUUGCUCAGAUGUCAACAGCCGCCGGAAUUGCGGGGCCUGGUGUUCCUCGAGUUGGACCCGCACGCCUUCUGUUCCGCGCCCCUCGUCCUGAAACUCGCGAUCCAGGACAUUCAACCGUUUUCCGUGUUGGUUUCCUGGCAGAGUAGAAAUCACUCGGGUAUCCGGGGAUAUCAGGUGGCCUAUCACGCCAUGGAGAACAUCGAGGAGUUUCAGACGCUGGCGAAGAUACUCGAGCCGAAUUCACGUUCCACGAAAUUGUCCAAGCUCUUGCCAAACACUCGGUAUUUGAUCUGCGUGUUUGGAUUGGGAAACUGGAUGAGCCAACGUCUCGAGGAGGACACGGUGGAUCAAUUUAACUUCUCCAACCACGAGACGUUCGAAUCGUCGUCGGAUAUGCAAAUGGCGGAUUCGUCCACGAGUCGUUGCACCGAGGUGAAAACACUCGAGACGCCAGAGGCGGUGAUCAGUAGCGACGGCUCGUCGAUGGGCGACGUGGGCAGCGUGAGCAGCUUCCUGACAAGGCGUCUCGGCCUGAUAGUCGGUUGCUGCAUGGGAUUCGUUGUGUUUUUGCUCCUCGUUUCCGUCCUCGGUUAUCUGAAGGUGAAGAAGCAAAGGGAGACGGUGAAAAGGGAGCAACCGAUCCCUCCUGAGUACAUAUCCUACAGGCACUUCAGCAUACAGAGCGGGGAGGCAGGCCACGUGGCCAGGCAGACGAGCCAAGACGGCCAACAAUCCAACUUCAUCAACAACAUGGGGAACACCAAUCUGAACGUAUGAGACAAGUUGAAAAACUCCCGAGGCGUGGAGGUUUCGAACGUUUGAACAAACCCAACCUUCUACGAAUUUUCCCAUCAAACGCGUCAAACGUGAAACGCUCCAAACUCGCGGUAGUUUUUUCCCUCGAUCGAACAGACGAAAUAUACUGACUGUAUAAUAAGGACGGGAAUUCUCGAUAUCGGGGAUCGUAUCGAGGAAUAAAGAAACCUUCGUUCAGCCAAAAAAAAGAAAAAAAGUACGUGCGCGUGUUUGUGCAAACGCCAAGUGGUCCACGAUCACUGGAGAUUAACCGAGCGUUUUAUAUGUGAUUUUCUACGAAUCUUUACUUCGUUCGAUGUAGCUUUACACGGAGGUGGAACGCAACAGGAAUGAGGUUCAAUCGUUGUGUGCGUGUGUGUGGUGUGUUGUGUGUAUCCAGUGAAUCGGGCUGCGAAAUUGUAACCCGAAGGAUCAGAGAACUUCAUUACGCGGCACGUCGCGUUUGCUGGACGAUUUACGGGUAAACAACGCAACGCAAGGACCUAUUCGGACCUCCGCAGUACACGGUGCAUUGUGUUUUCUAAAUGGCUCGGCAAACCAUCGUGCGCGUGGUAUUCCCUGUAAAGAGGAGGGGAGAGAGGGAGGGGAGGGGAGGGGAGGGACAAUGCGACCCAUCGCGUCGUUUCGAGUAAGUGCAUUCUUGAAUUUCCGCUUGCAACGCGCCAAGGGACCUGCAACCCGGCAGACAAUGAUGGAUCGCGCGCGACCAAGGUACAGGCCGUUCUUGUAUACCGUUAUACGCGUAUAUAUUUGUACAUAAGUGAACAGUAUCGAAUCGUUGUUUGUUUGCGAGUGGGAGUGAGUGAGGAAAGAAAAAGAAAGAGAACGAGAACGAGAGAAAAAGAAAGAAAGAGAGAGAGAGAGUUUGAGAAGAAUUCGAAGAAAAUUUCAAUGGAAAAAACUUUCGACGAUUCUUUAUAUAUAUAUAGCGAAAUUAGUAGGUCAGUUAGGAUCGAAGCAUUGAUUCCGCUUGUCUUGACGUAGUAAAAUUAACAGAAAAAAAAAAAGAAAGAAAACUCGAAAAUCGAGAAUAACUCGCGAAUCGAAGCGGAACCCUAUUGUCCAGCUGCAUUGUUGAUAUCGCGAUUUUCCAAUAUCGUUGAUGGUAUUGCAUAGCGAACCGCACUUGGGCGGGGAACGUACAUUCGAUACUGUGGGACUAUUGCACACCUCUUCGCUGUAUCAUAGGCUAACCACACGGAUGUUAUCAGGAAUAAAUUGGAAAUUAGAUAAUACCACGUUGCGUAAUAUACUGGGAAUUGUAGUUAAGGUGAUAAAGAGAAACUGGACUGGAUACUCGGCCGGUAUGUAAAGGGAGGAAGAGGGAAUACGGUUGGAUGGCCAUCGCGUGGCGUAGAACCGAAAUCAAAAUCGGUCGAUAGAUGUGCAAUCGUCGUUUGUUCGAUUGCACGGUGAAAGAUCUCAAAGAUAUACCGAACACGCUGUGUAUUGUAACAUACAUAACAUAACAACAUACGUCACUGUAAUAAAAAUGCAAAUUCUUUUUUAACCAACAA